GCCGUCCGCCUGCGCAGAGAGGGAAGAAGGGGAAGAAGAAGAAGAAAGAAGAAGAGGAGCGAAGAUGAAGACGAUUCUGUCAUCGGAAACAAUGGAUAUCCCCGACGGCGUGAACAUCAAGGUUCACGCGAAGGUGAUCGAGGUCGAAGGACCGCGAGGGAAGCUCACUCGCGACUUCAAGCACUUGAACCUCGAUUUCCAGCUCAUCAAGGAUGAGGAAACCGGCAAGCGCAAGCUCAAGAUCGACGCGUGGUUCGGCUCUCGCAAGACCAGCGCUGCCAUUCGCACCGCUCUGAGCCAUGUCGACAAUCUCAUCACCGGCGUCACCAAGGGGUUCCGAUACAAGAUGCGUUUCGUCUACGCUCACUUUCCCAUCAACGCCUCCAUCACGAACAGCAACACCGCCAUCGAGAUCCGUAACUUCCUCGGCGAGAAGAGGGUCAGGAAGGUGGAUAUGUUGAAUGGUGUCACCAUUGUUCGAUCCGAAAAGGUUAAGGACGAGAUCGUUCUCGAUGGAAAUGACAUUGAGCUUGUCUCACGGUCGUGCGCCCUCAUCAACCAGAAAUGUCACGUGAAAAACAAAGAUAUCAGGAAGUUCCUUGACGGUAUCUAUGUGAGCGAGAAGGGCCGGAUCGUGGAGGAGGAAUGAUUUUCCGGCCAUUCAAACCGAAAAAUCGCUCUUUUUACAUUAGUUUUAUCUUUUGGACACCGUGUGCUCCGUUGUGUUUCUGUCCUGGAUUUCUUCUCCUUCGUUCUGAAAUUUUUUUGGAGACAGCCCCCUUUUCUUAUUUGCUGUUAUUUAUAUGGUUAGUGUUUCAAUUUGAUU